AUGAAUAAGCCGGAAGCCUUAAACAAUUCCCAGUUUAGUGGAGGUUGUUUCUCAUUGCGGAUUAAACCAGUCUUUUGUUUGGAUGGUAAAUAUUUAGCUAUUCCAAAAGGAAGAGAUAAAACAGUCUUUAUAUAUGAAACUUUAGGAGAUGGAUCUAUUAUUUCUAAACUAGUAGGUGCAAAAAUGCCUAUUUCUGGGGUUGUAUCUUUGCAUUUAAAUCCGGAAAUUAUAAUAAUAAGUAGUCUUGAUGGUAAAUGCAGAUUGUACAAAUUUAUAGAGAAUGAAUUAACUAUAAAUCCAAUAUUUGAAUUUGAAAUAAAUGAUAAUAAUUCUAUAAUUGAUAUGAAGACAACAGAUAAAGAUAUCUUUUUUCUUACAACAUCUGCAGAAUCUAUUUGUGAGAUACCUUUGAAUACUAAUUUUGUAUCUAUUUUUUCAAUAUCUAUUGAAGAUAUUCUAAAAUUAACUUCAAAUAAUGAAAUAGAUACUGAAAAUAUUGGUAGAUCUAUAAAACCUAGAGAGGUAAUAAAGUUUUCAUAUGGGGCUUCAUCCUUUGAAGUAUCUAAAGAUGGAAAUCUUUUCUGUUUUAUAUGGAGGAAUAUACUAAUUUUAUGGACUCCAAUAUAUUCUGACAAGAUAGUUCGAUUUAGGCAUUCAGAAUAUUUAAUAUCAAUGGAUAUUUGUUAUAAUUGUCAAUUUGUAGUAACUGGAGAUGUAUAUGGUCGUCUAACCUAUUGGUUUUUACCUCCUAUUGAUUACAAAAAUGAGAAUUCAAUAUGGAAUGAAGCAUCAAAUAUAGAUGAAGAGAGAUAUGAUAAAAUGCUUAUGAAUAACUCAAUAAAUACCUCAACUAGUCAUUGGCAUUCUCAUGAGUUAAGAGCUAUAUCUAUGAUUCCAGAAAGUGAUGUGGUACUUUCUGGAGGUGAGGAAGCAGUUCUUGUAUUAUGGCGUCAGACUUUUGCUUCAGAUACAUUUAGAAAAAAGGAGUCAUUAUCACCUCAGCAAAAUGGAACGAGACAAUUUUUACCACGUUUAGGAGCUCCUAUAUAUACUAUAUCAGUAUUUUCAUCAUGCUAUAAUAAAAAAGUAUUUAAAAUGGGUGCUAUAAUUCCAAAUUUAACUGCAGCUAUAACUUGUGCUGAUAAUUGUAUUAGAAUUGUGGAUUUAGUUCAUAUGAAAAUCAUAAAUUCUAUUAGAGGAAUUGCUAUACCAUAUAAUCUUGUUGUUUCACCUAAUAUUAAAUUAGAAUGUAACAAAUUAACUAAUGAUAAUUAUAAAUGUAAUACUAGUUCAAUGAAAUUAUCAAAUUAUAGUGGUUAUUCAUCAGGAUUACCAGUAGCUAUUAUUGGUCAUCCUUUUAAAGUACAUAUUCAUGAUGCAUAUAAAGAUAAAUCAAUAGCAUCAAUUCUUACGAAAUAUGAAGAAUCAUAUGUUUCAAGUAUUGGAGAGGGUUUAUCUGCACCAAAAUAUAAUGAUGUACUUAAUAAGCACUGCUUUCUUAGUAUGGUAACUUUUUCAGAUUGUGGAAGGUAUUCUGUUACAUCAGAAUGUCAUAAAUAUGGGAUUUUGAAGAAUAAAAAGUCAAGAUAUAAUCUUAAAUUUUGGGAGAAGAUUGAAAGUGAAGAUAUUAUUUCUUAUAAAAUAAUGACAGAAAUAGUGGAUGCUCACUUGGAUACUGUAGUAGCAUUGUUUCAAUGUAGCUCUUCUAAUUAUUCGUAUGAAUGUAAACAUCCUAUAUUUUUAACAGCAAGUAAGGACAAAUACAUCAAAUUAUGGGUAUAUAAUAAUGAGGUAAAUGAAUGGUAUUGUGCACAAGUAAUUUCAUGUUAUGAAAAGUACAUUUUUACAUCCAAUAUAUAUUUGGAAACAGGUAUUGUUGCUGUAACAGUACCAAAUUUAAUAGUUUUGUACUCAUUUAAUAAUGAAAAUAUGUCAUUAAAUGAAGUUAAGGCUAUUCCGGUACCUAAAUAUCAAGGUAUGGCAAUCUCAGAACAGCAAAUAGUCUUAAGUCAGAUUGAGAUUGUUAAAAAAAGUGAUUCUAUUUUUCUAAUCAGCGUAAUAUCAUCAGAAUUACUUUCUAAAUUAUUAAUAUGGAAUCUUGAUACAUAUGUAUUAGUCUGGGAGGGUAAAUUCAACUCAUCAUCUUUUAUAGUUAAUGGAAAAAACUUAUUAGGAAAUUUUACUUUUGCAAUUAUAGAUAGAGAUCCUAAAACAACAAUAAAUCUAUAUGAUAUAGAUUUAGAUCCUUUUAAUUUAAUAAAUAUAGCUAGUUUGGAACUUGAAAUUCCUGAAGAUAAUUGGAUAUCAGAUGCUUUGAUUUGUCACAGAUUAAAAACAAGUCAAUGUUAUAUUGUAAUACUUUUAUCUAGUGCAGAUAUUUACAUCAAAUUACUUGGAUGUUUAGAUAAUAAAUUAGAAGAUGAGAGUUUAGAUAGUACUAUGGGAACUAUAAAAGAUGUGGAAAGAGAGGUUACAUUUGAAGACUUGCAUAAUUUAGAUAUAAUAAAGCAAAUAGAAGAACUAUAUAUUUCUAGUGGUUUUGAGAAGCAACUAAUAAAUGACACUAAAAUAAGUAAAUCUCAAGAAAAUCCCUUAUCUUCCAUCUCAAAUAAGAUAAAGGAAUUAAUUAGUUCAUGUGAUAAUAAAGAUGAUACUUUAUCCAAUUUUUCUACAUUAUAUUGUUCGAAAUUUGAUAAAGCUCAGCAAUUUGGUAAUACAAAGAUGAAAAAUUUAUCUAGAGGUCUAAAUACUUAUUUAUGUCCACUUCCAUCAUCAUUAUUACAAUCAAUGAUAAAUUGUCCCUUACAUAAUACUCAAGAAACUGGGGUAGUAGAGGUCAUUCAGACAAGGGAUCAUAAAAAACAGAACAAUAGUUCCUUUGGAAUAAGUAGUAAAUCUAAUUAUGAACCUCUGAAGCCUUUACAAUCCCACAAAUUGCAAUCUAUAAUACGAAAAUAUUCUGACAAAGAUAUUACGAUGGACAAAAAGAAGACAAUAGAAGCUUAUUCUCAUAAUAAAUCUAAGAAGAAAAAAAAAAUUGCAGCAUUUGAUACUCAAGAAGUAGCAUAA